GGGAUGUCUCCUCCACACCGGGAGAGGGUGUGCAUGGGUGGAUUUCAGAUCCUUCCCACUGCAAAUUCCUCUCAUCUUGACCGGAGCGACAGGCAGCAGCGAGGGAGCAGAUGUCAGGAAUUGACCAUCAGUGGAGGAAUUUGAAGAGCUGGUGACCAUGCAGGUGGAAAGAAGGUCCGAAAUAAACAAAUAAAUAAGGUGGAAACAAGGGGGCUGCGGAUGCAGAUAACGACGCGACGCGACACCCAUCAGUGUGAUUUGCAGUCCAGUUGGCACGGGUGGUGUUGGUGGCUGAUUAAUAACCAGUCAUAAAGAAGUGGGGGAUUGUGUGUUGCAGGAGGACGAGAGUGAAGGUGUGAUAGAGGAAGGAAGAGAGAGGAGGAGUGCGUAAAAGAGAGAGAGGGGAGCAGAUAAAGCCACAGCCAGAAUCAUGAGCUUUGCACUUCGCUACGGCUCGCUGUCAGCUCGACCGAGUCCCAGCAGACGAGCUUUGGAUUGGGAACACGAGCAGCUGGCUGUGCGACGGCUUUCCUCUCCACUGGGUCUCGACCUGCUCACUCCACCUGCUCUUCCUCGUCGACCCUCUGUGAUCCCUGGCUACCUGCUGCCGCCCAGCCAAGAGCAGGAAGAGCAGCUCCAUCAUCAACAGCAGCUCUUAUCCUUGUCUGUAAGCUCAGAGGCCUCCCUGGCGCCCCCUGCGCCUCCACCCGUGGGUGCUUCCCCACCCUGCUGCCGCCCGGUUGGAGUCAUGCACCUCCUGCGCCUGGGUCUCCUGGCCUUCAGCUGCCUCUUCUGGGCAGCGGGUUUAGCCAUCUUCACCCUGGGUGUGUGGGCACAGAUUUCACUAGCAGACUACAUGCUGCUGUCUGCCAAUCGCUACCCCAACGCCCCGAUCAUCCUUCUUUCCACAGGUGCUGCCAUCACCGCCUGGGGCUUUCUGGGCUGCCUGGGAGUGGCUGCAAACCUGCCCUGUGUGCUUAGGGCUUAUGGGUUCUUUCAACUUGCUGCACUUAUAGCUGGUUUGGCAGCUGGACUCUCAGGUCUGUUCUAUCGAGAAGACAUUGCCGAAGGAUUUCGCAGUGGCUUACAGCGAGCAGUGGCUGGCUACACAGAGGAUGAAGGCCGUGCAGAUGCAUUAGACAGCCUGCAAAGAGCCCUUGAGUGUUGUGGAGCUGAGGGUUGGCGUGACUGGCUUACUUCUGACUGGGCUAUCCAGCAUAUGACCUUCCUGCCCUCCGAAAACGGCACCUCAGUGCCACUGCCGGACAGCUGUUGUGUGAGGCGCAAGGGCUGCAAGAAUCGACCUCUUCUGUCAGAUGAUACUGAAGGAGUUCUGGCAGCAGGAAUCCACCCGCAUGGCUGCUUCCGCAAAGUGUUCAGCUUGGUCAAUGACAACGUCUUCCACAUCGCCGCCACUGUGUUAGGACUGGCCUUCACACAGAUCGGAGGCAUUGCCCUGGCUUGUCUGCUGGCCAACAAACUGGCACCAAGACAGCAUCGACGUGUGGUGGCACAUUAACGAUCAACUUUAACAAUUAGGCAACCUCCAGCAAGGAUUGGCCAAUUUGUAGAUAAUUAGGAUUGUGAAUGAACUGCACUGUAAAAGAGUGAUAGAGUUGUGAAGUGAGGGGGGUUUCAGUCAUCCAUGUUCAUUUCUGUAUAGAUCAUGAGCAUCUGCCACAUGAAACUGAUCAAACAAAACAUGGUUUAUCAGAAACUAAGCUUAAAUAAUUAAAACUGAUAACAACCUGAAAACAAGCAAAUAGAAAAUUUAAAAUUUCCAAAAACUUUCUUUCUACAUUCUUUCUUUGGACUUUUAGGAUAUUCUUAAAAGAAAUGAAAAUUUAGCAGAUACUCCUCACAUUUUGCAACUCUCUGCCAACUGUUGUUUGCCUGCUUCUGUCUUCUGCACUGUUAGUAGAUUAUUCUUCAGUCCAUUUGAAACCUGCAGUGGGGGAGGUCAGGCAUCACAGGAUUCAGUUGGAACCAGAGGACAGUCCAGUUGGUGUCAUAAAUGUUUAGACAUUGGCAUGGGCUAAUAUCCUUCAUUAUAUAGAAGGUAUUCAAAAAUAAUGUAUAUUAAAAUUGUUAUUUAGGG